AUGGACAUCAGAAAGUUUUUUGUUUUAAAAAGAAAGAAACCUGAAGGAGCAAGCAGUGACAGCGAUGAUUCCGUGGGUGACCUGAAGAGACUUAGCACAUCCAAAGAACCGGACUUAGUUCCCGACUCAUUUAUUGGACAAGCAUCAAUGUUAUCGACUGAAAUGAAGAAAGAAUUGCUUGACAACACUUGGUCUCCGCCUGCGACGUAUGACUUUGCGGAAGACGCUAAACAUUUAAAGAGGAAAUUCAAGUAUUCAUGGUUGGAAACGUACUCUCCAUGGUUGGCCUAUUCCAGGCACCAAAAAGGAGCCUUUUGUAAAUAUUGUACUUUGUUAACGCCAAAUCCAAAUUCUUUUAGAGGCGUAUUAGGGUCAUUUAUCAUAAGGCCAUUUUGUAAGUUCAAAGAUAUUCACGAGCAUUGCAAAAAGCACAUGGAAACCCACUUCCAUAAGAUGGCACUGGAAGCCGCUAAUCAUUUCUUGGAAGUGUGCCUGUAG